AAUAAUAAUAUAAAAAAAAAAACAAAAAAUUAAUAUUAAAAAAUUUUAGAAAUUUUUAUAUACGAAAUUAAGAAGGAUAAAUAUUUAAAAUUAAUAUGCAUAUAUACAUAUGUGUAAAUAUAUAUUAUACAUUUGUAUAAAAUAAUUGAUUACAUAUUAAAAAAUUAUAUUGUGUGUAUACAUAUACAUUGUUCUUCCUCCCCUUUCCUCAAAAAUUUGUAACGCCCCCUCUUAUAAACGCGAUUACAAAUUAUUGUAAAGUGUAUAGUGUGUGUAAAAAAAUAUUUUGUGAGUCAAAAAUAUUCUUUAAAAAAAAAGAGCAAAAAAAUAAAUAAAUAAAAUUAUAAUAUAAAAUAAUUUCCGAAUACCAAUUGUAUAACAGUUUUAUAAUUUUUUUAGAUAUAAAAAAUAUAUACAUGUAUACAUAUAUUUCCUUUAAUAAUCAAAAGAUAUGAAAUAUAUUAUAAAACAUGUAUCUUUAAAGUAAUAAUUGCUCUAUAUAUUAAAUAAAAGUUUAUGUAUCUAUACAAUUUUACUAUAUAAUAAUAAUAAUUUUUUUUCUUCUCCUUAUUCCUCGACUUGGGAGCAUAAGACUUUCCAUCUGAUUUUUGUGGAGCCACGCAUGGGUUAUAAAAUAUAUUUGAAGAAAAUUAUAGCCAUAUUUUUCAAUAUUCAAAAAUUAAGUUAAUAAAAUUACAAGAAAGAAUCUAAUUUUUUACGAUCAAAAAGUAAAAUAAUAAAAAAAUGACGAUCUUUAAAUGUGUAACUAACAAAAUUAAAUCAAGUAGUGAAGAAACAAAAAAUAAUGAAAGUGAUAAGAAAAUUAAGAAAAAAUAUAAAAUAAAAAAUAUUUGUAAAAGUUUUAAUAAUAGAAAAAUUGGUAAUAAUUAUAAUAGGAAUAGAGUUUUUAAUACUAAUAACAAUGAAAAUAAUAGUAAUUUUUCUAAUACUGAAAAUAAUUAUAAUAAUCUUAGCAAUAUUAAUAAUAAAAAUAAUAAUAUUAAUAGUAACAAAAAUAACGAUUAUGAUGACGAUUGUAAUUAUGAUGUUGACAGUAUAAAACUGAGUAAUAAUCAUUCUAAAACUAUAAAUAAUAAUAAAAAUAAUAAUGAAAAUGGUGUUUAUUAUAAUAAUGGAAUUACAUCAAGAUUUUAUUAUAACAAAAUAAAGACUGUUAGAUAUAAUAAAAUUUAUUUACUAGAAAUAUUUUCACUUAUGACAUUUAUAGUUGGUGUUACAUCACUGCCUCCCAUUAUAAGAAUAGGUGCUAUUUUUACAGAAGAUCAAAAGGAUAGCAGUACAGAAUUAGCUUUUAAAUAUGCAGUUUAUAGAAUAAAUAAAGAUAAGCAAAUUUUACCUAAAACGCAGCUAGUAUAUGAUAUUGAAUAUGUUCCUCGUGAUGAUUCAUUUCGUACAUCGAAAAAGGUUUGCCGUCAAAUGGAGUCUGGUAUACAAGCAAUAUUUGGUCCAUCAGAUCCUCUUUUAGGUGCCCAUAUACAAUCAAUAUGUGAAGCAUUGGAUAUACCUCAUGUUGAGGCUAGAAUUGAUUUAGAUUCAAAUUUAAAAGAAUUUUCAAUAAAUUUAUAUCCGUCCCAACAUUAUAUGAAUAUAGCCUAUCGUGAUUUAAUGAUAUUUUUAAAUUGGACAAAGGUUGCUAUUAUAUAUGAGGAAGAUUUUGGAUUAUUUAAACAACAAGAGCUAAUGAGAGCGACACCAGCAUCUCGAACCGAAAUGUAUAUUAGACAAGCAACACCAGAUACUUAUCGUAAAGUUUUACGUGAAAUAAGACAGAAAGAAAUUUAUAAACUUAUUAUUGAUACAAAUCCAGGAAAUAUAAAUGCAUUUUUUAGAGCUAUAUUGCAGUUACAAAUGAAUGAUUACAGAUAUCAUUAUAUGUUUACCACAUUCGAUAUCGAAACGUUCGAUUUGGAAGAUUUCAAAUAUAAUAGCGUUAAUAUUACAGCAUUUCGUUUAGUUGAUAUUGAAAGUAAAGAAUAUUUAGAUAUUGCAGAGCAAAUGAGAAAGUUCCAAUACAGUGAUAAAAAUAUUUUAGAAGGAAGUGUUUCAAUUCAGACGGAACCAGCUCUUAUGUUUGAUUCGGUUUAUGUAUUCGCUGCCGGUUUGACAGAAUUAGAUAUAAGUCAUUCAAUGACACCUAAAAACUUAUCAUGUGAACUUGAAGAUCCGUGGAGUGAUGGACUAUCACUUUAUAAUUACAUAAACUCUGCCAGUAUCGAUGGAUUAACUGGAAAAGUUGAAUUUAAUGAAGGACGUCGAAAUAAUUUUAAAAUCGAUUUAUUAAAAUUAAAGAGAGAAAAAAUUGAAAAAGUAGGUCAUUGGAUGCCAUCCGAAGGUAUCAAUAUAACAGAUCCCACAGCAUUUUAUGAUACGAAUGCCGCCAAUAUCACAUUGAUAGUUAUGACUAGAGAGGAAAAACCAUAUGUAAUGAUAAGAGAUGAUAAAACAGCAACUGGCAAUGCACGUUAUGAAGGUUUUUGUAUUGAUCUUUUAAGGCAAAUAGCGAAACAAGUAGGUUUUCAAUAUCAAAUACAAAUGGUACCGGAUAAUAUGUAUGGUGUUUACAAUCCUGAUUCAAAAAAAUGGAAUGGCAUUGUUCAUGAAUUAAUGGAGCGAAGAGCAGAUUUAGCAGUUGCUUCAAUGACAAUUAACUAUGCCAGAGAAAGUGUUAUAGAUUUUACAAAACCAUUUAUGAAUUUAGGUAUUGGGAUUCUAUUUAAGGUUCCAACAAGUCAACCAACACGUUUAUUUUCCUUUAUGAAUCCUUUGGCUGUGGAAAUAUGGCUAUACGUGCUAGCUGCUUAUCUAUUGGUAUCAUUCACAUUAUUUGUAAUGGCACGUUUUUCACCAUAUGAAUGGAAUAAUCCACAUCCAUGUUUACAAGAAUCUGAUAUUGUUGAAAAUCAAUUUUCGAUAUCAAAUAGCUUUUGGUUUAUAACUGGUACAUUUUUACGUCAAGGAUCUGGACUUAAUCCUAAGAAUGCUGAACGAUCACAGAAUCGGUUCUUUUCAUUUAUGAAUCCAUUAGCUAUUGAAAUAUGGCUAUUAUCAGCAUUUGCAUAUGUUUUAGUAUCAUUUACAAUAUGGACUGUAGCACGUUUUUCACCAAUUGAAUGGAAUCCAGUAACAAAUAGAUGUUCGAUAGCAUGUGAACAUAUGAUGUUAGAGGCACGACAAAAAAGAAUGUUACGCGAUGCAAGACAAGGAUUCUUCAAUUUACAAGCUCAUAAUUCCCAACAACAAUUACAAUAUCGAUAUAAAUUACAAUAUCAAUCAGAACAGCAACACAAUCAACAGCAACAACCAAAAUAUGAAAACGAAGAAUUUUAUAAAAAGGAAAUGGGUGAAGAGCAAACAAUUAAUAAUAAAAAUUGUAGUAAUGAUUCACUAAUUGAUGAAAAUAAAAUAAACCAAAAUCGUAAUAGCAAUUUGACUGAGAAUUCUACGCAAUUACAAGGGAAGCAGUCAUUGCAAUCAUUACAAAACAACAACCAAAUUGUUUUAGAUGAAAUCAAAGUUAAAUCAUCAUCACUUCCCAAUAAUUCAUCAUCCAAUGAUAUAAUUAAUAAAUUAAAGAUUAAUUCACAAUCACGAAAUUUAUACGCAACAAAUAAAGUUUUACAAAUGAAUAAUAAUAAAUAUUUCAGUAUUGAUAGAAAUGAAAAGAUUUCAACAAUUAAAAAUUUAAAAACUCAUUUUAUGAAAGAAAAAGAACCAUUGGUAUAUGAUGAAAUCGAUGUUAAAAUCUAUUCUGAUGACAAAAACAUUUUAUUUAAUGAAAAUAGUAAUUAUAAUAAUAAAAUUUACAAUAAUAAUGAAGAUAAUUAUAUAUUUAGUAAUAAUGAUUAUGUCAAUAAUUCAUCAAUUGAACAAAAAUCUCACAUUAUUGUUAAUGAUUCGUAUAAUAUUGAUGAUUUAGAUGAAUAUCCAUUAUAUAAUUGCAGUAAAAAUAAAUAUGAUAAUAGCGAAAAUGAUAAAUUUACCAAUAUUAAUAAUAUUAUAAAUGAUGAUAGUAUUAAUAAUAUUAAUAAAACAAAUUUAAAUAUAGAAUGUAUGAAUAAUUUUAUUAAAUUUAAUGAUACAACAUCAACAUCUCAAUCGUCAUUACUAUUACCAUCUUCAUUAUCAAAUCCGCAUGAUAUUUCUAAUAAUGGGAAAAAACUUGCAAAAAAAUAUUAUAAUUUAUAUAAAAUUGAAAUUAAUGAAAAAGGUACUUCUGAUAGCUAUCAAUUAAAUGAAAAUAAUGAUCAAUUAACAUAUAAUAUAAAGUUAAAAAAUACGGAAUCAUCAGCAUUGGCAUCAGCUUCAACAUCAUCUUCGUUAUUAUUAGCAAAUUAUGGAAAUACAAUUAAGAAAACAAUGAUUAGAGAAAAUCAAAAAUAUAAUUUAAAUCAAUUAAAAAAUGAUAAUUUAGAUAAUAAUUGUUCAAAUCAAAUUUUUAAUGAUGAUAAUUUUAAUAACGAUUUCAUACAAAACAACAAAGGCAAAAAUAAUAUUAAUGAUGAUGAAGAUAAUGUUGAUGAUAACGAUAAUGAUGACGAUGAUGAUAAUGAAUAUAAUAUUGAUGAAAUUGACGAAUUUAAUAAUGAUAAUGAUCAUAAUAAUAAAAAUAUUCAAACUCAUCAUCGUCAUCUAUAUCAUCAUCAUCAUCAUCAUUGUGAUCACAAUGAUCAUGACAACCAUGAUCAUUAUUUGCGUCAACAUCAGACACUUAAUCAUGUACAUUAUAACCAAUAUGAUUUAUUGGAUUAUGAUAAUAAUUGUAAUAUAAAUGACCAUCAUAUAUAUAACUUUAACAGUAAUAAUAAUAAUAACAAUAAUAUUAAUAAUAAUAAUAAUAAUAAUAAUAAUAAUAAUAAUGAAUUGAAUAGUUAUGAUAAUGAUAAUAGUUCUAAUGUGGAUGAUAAUUAUAAUGAUAAUGAUGAUAAUGAUACUGAUACUGAUUAUAAUGACAAUGAAGCUGAACUUGUUAGUACUGAAAAUGAUUUUAGUUUAAAAAAUAGUUUUUGGUUUACAAUUGGAACAUUAAUGCAACAGGGAUCUGAUCUUAAUCCAAAGGCGACUUCUACUCGUAUUGUUGGAGGUAUUUGGUGGUUUUUCACUUUAAUUAUAAUUUCAUCCUAUACAGCAAAUUUAGCAGCAUUUUUAACUGUUGAACGUAUGAUAACUCCAAUUGAAAGUGCAUCAGAUUUGGCAGAUCAAACUGACAUAUCAUAUGGUACACUAGAAGGGGGUUCAACCAUGACAUUUUUUAGAGAUUCGAAAAUUGGUAUUUAUCAAAAAAUGUGGCGUUUUAUGGAAAGUAAAAAACCUUCCGUAUUUGUUAAAACAUAUGAAGAGGGUAUUAAACGUGUGAUGGAUGGAAAUUAUGCAUUUUUAAUGGAGUCAACAAUGUUAGAUUAUGCCGUACAACGUGAUUGUAAUUUAACACAAAUUGGUGGUCUUUUAGAUUCAAAAGGUUAUGGAAUUGCAACACCAAAAGGUUCACCAUGGCGUGAUAUAAUAUCAUUAGCAAUAUUAGAAUUGCAAGAAAAAGGUAUGAUACAAAUAUUAUAUGAUAAAUGGUGGAAAAAUACAGGUGAUGUUUGUAAUCGUGAUGAUAAAAGUAAAGAAUCGAAAGCGAAUGCAUUAGGUGUUGAAAAUAUUGGUGGUGUAUUUGUUGUACUUUUAUGUGGCCUUGCGUUAGCUGUUGUUGUCGCAAUAUUAGAAUUUUGUUGGAAUUCCAAAAAGAAUGCUCAAACUGAACGUCAAUCAUUAUGCAGCGAAAUGGCCGAAGAAUUAAGAUUUGCAAUGCAUUGUCACGCCUCAAAACAACGUCCGGCAUUAAAAAGAAAUUGUACAAAAUGCAGUCCUGGUACAACAUAUGUCCCCGGUGGUAUUGGAAUGUCUCAUUUAAAUGGAGUUCAUUAUAAUUUUUUUAAUUAGGAAAAUUUGUUUUUGAUUAAUUAAUGUAACAAUAUAUGUGUAUGUAUAUAAAAAUUUUAAUUGUUAUUAUUUAUAUACAGGGUGAUUCAGAAAGAAAUUCAACAACAUAUACCAUUGGUUAGGGGGUCGGAAAUGGGUAAAACUUUUGUUCCGGACAAGGUACGAAAUCUCAAGGGUUUCCGAAAUAAAGGGAUUUUAACGAAUUUUCGCGAAAUUUUGUUUAUCCAAGUUUUUUGAUUAUAACUUUCGUUCCGAAGAAGAUAAAGGCUUCAAAUAAACAGUUUCUGAAAGGCCUAGGAAAGGCCUUAAAUGAACACGUUAUUUGAUUAAUUUAUUUUAUGUACAUUCGGAAUACCAAACAUUCGAACUUUGGAAAAAUAUCUAAUUUUUUCUUUUUUUUUUUUUUUUUUU